UGCAGCAAACAGUUUGUGGAAUCUGAUAGCACACAGGAUCCCUCAGGAAACAUGUACCUGUCCUCAGCAUCUCAACAAAUGAUCUGUUUGUUUUCUUUGGUUAUAUUCCUAUGUGCUUUUACAUCAGGAGUGAUCUCUCAUGACCCUAAAAGGCCAACCUGCUGCAAGGAGGAGAUGCUCACGGAUAAAGAACCUUUGAUCAAAAUCACGAGUUGUAACAUCCUUCCAGCAACACGCAAAUGUCUUGAAGCUGUAGUGUUCGUUGAUAAAGAUAACUGGUUGCACUGCAUCGAUCCUAAGGCUCCAUGGCUCAGUAAAAGGAGAAAACGUCUACAAAAGAACGGUGUGAUUUGUAAAGAUUAUACUAAAUCUGAAGAUACAGACAUGGUGACCAAACAUCUGUGAACUUCACCCAGAAUCGGGUCUUCACCAGCCACACCAGCAAGGCCUCUUUUCCAUCUCUGUUAGCCAGACAAGCUACACUGUACAACACAAUUCUGCUGAAUACACACGGCUCUUCUAAUCUGGAAAAUAUGUUGAACAUAUUGCACAAAGAAACAAUCUGCGGUUCGCUUUCACACUUAGCUGCUGUGCAGUCUAAGUAAUGUUGUCCCUUUGUCUUUUUAUUUUUCACAUAUUGAUGUUCUAGUUUUAUUUAUAAUGCUACAUUUAUAAAACUUUAUUUUCUUUUUAGAAUUGUAUGUAUUAUGCAUUUGCUUUAAGUAGUGUUUUUUGAUUGUUUAAUAUAUUUAAUUUGUUUUUAAUUUAACCGAGUAUAUAUUUAUUUUCCUAUUAUGACU